UGAAGGUGUGGCAGAGAGCCGCACUCAGUCAGUCUGAGGGUCAUGUGACUCAGAGUAUAACUACAGUGAUCGGACAAACUUGUAGGUCUGAGUUAGUGCACUCACAGCUGUGUAAUUGUGUUGUAGUAGUCUUUUGUGUAGCUGUGAAGUUGUUCUUGUGUAGUUGUGUGACUGUUGUGUAGUUGUUGGGUAGUCAUUGUGGUGGUGUCUCUUUAUCCUGAUCUCAGUAGAAGCUCUCUCCGGGACUCUCUCUCGGUGUUUGACCGCAGCAGGGUCGUUUCUGUUCGGCUUUCUUUGUCUUUUCCACUUCGUGGAUAUAAAAUCUGCUCUGUUGCAUUCCUGAGAGUUCAGCGCGUGCACGUGUGGCACCUGAGCAGCAGGAAGUGAUCGAGUUGACAUGGAGCGACAUUAACACCUGCAACAGCACCAGCGGCCAUGAGGAGGUUCAGCUCAGAAGGUUCCCUCCUGGACCUGGACUUCUUCCCGUGGCGGAGGGUGGGUCUGAAGCACCAGGAUAAUGAAAGGUGCCGGGACUCGGGCACCUACAGGCCUCACCUGGAGGACAAUGAGCCUGAAGAGAGGCAGGGCUGGGAGACACCCACCAUCCUGGAGCCGAGUGAGGAUGAGGCAGGGAGGGGUGAGCUGAGGAGGGAGCAAAGCUUGAGCGUGGAGGAACUGAGCGAGCUGCGUAAACACAACCAACUACGGGUGAUGAGCGAGGGCUGCCGGGCCUACAGCGAUGGACAGAUCGCCCCCGACAACCAGGGCAGCACGGAGAGCGUGGGGCAGGACCAGCCACCUCCUCCUUCGCCAUCCUUUUCCUCCUCCUCCAACCCGUUUAAACGGACACACGGCCAUCACCGAGCCAAACUGUCAGCUGCCAAACUUCACCUGAAGAGUCUCUUUGGACAGAGUCCUCACUCGUCAAACUCUAACCUGUUCAACCCAGAUCAGAAGGACAGCGUGGUGGAGCGACGCUCUCGGCUGCACUUUAUGCGUCAGUGGUCUCAGGUCGGACACGGUAAGAAGAGGAACAUCAGCAGGGAGGAGCUAGAGGAGUGGGCAAAGUCUCUGGAUGCCCUGCUGGCCAGUCAAAGUGGAAUUCAGGUGUUUGGUGCAUUCCUGCGCUCAGAGUUUAGUGAGGAGAAUCUUCAGUUUUAUCUCGCCUGUGAACAGUACAAACAAUCAUCGAACAACUUCAGUCUGCAGAGGAGAGCACGGGACAUUACCACCACCUACAUCCAGCCAGGAUCACCGCGAGAGGUGAACCUGGACAGUAAGACGCGCGAGCUGACCCUCCAGCUGCUUCAGGCUCCAUCUCACAAGUCUCUGUCCCACGCUCAGAAAAGGAUCUACUCCCUGUUAGACACCGACUGUUACCCACGAUUCCUCCAGUCCAAGAUCUACCUGUCCCUGCUGAACCCUGAGGAUUGAGGACAGUUCAGGGACAGGUUGGAGAGACUGCUGGAUCUCACAGGAUGAAAGGACUAAAAGACAGACAGGUUCUGGAGUGAGGUACCUAGAUAUCAGAUCAAACCCUCAUCUCCCACGUCUUUAUGCUUAGCUAAGCUAAGCUAACUUUGUCGUGAUGGUGGGAUGGACUUGAAAAGAUGCUGAUCAUGAAUUGAACAGUUUCUAAUUGAACAGAAGACUGAUCACUGAAUAUUUAAUCACAUUAAAUCAAUUUAAACUUCA